UAAAUUAUUUAAAUAGAUAUACCCUCCAAAACAAUGUGGCCAUAAUUCCACUGGAUUUAUGCCAGUCAGACCACACAGGGAACAUCGGUUCCUGUUCUGGAUGUCACUUGGAGAAUCAUACUGACAAACUAAAAAUCCUCAUGAGAAAGCAAACAGGAUGGCUAAGGGUUGGAAACUACUAGGAAAUACACUGAAGAAACUAAAGAGGCUUAGGCCCAAACAAAAAAGUCUUGGGGUGAGGCGUGGGGUAGCAUAGCUCUUUGUAAGAGAAAACAGUAUUAGGACCACUUAAUGGAGUUUGGGGAGGAAGGAGGAGUGUACAGAAUUCAACUGAAUAUAAAGAACUUCCUUAAAUAUUGGAAGGGGUGAACUUGUGAAGCAGAAAGCUCUCUUCACUGAAAACGGUCAAGCCCAAUCAUCAGGAAUGUUCUUGGAGGACAGGAGGCUGAAUUAAGUCAACUUUAACUUCCCCUCCAAGGCUAACACAGUUUGCUUCAAGGGCUCAGAACAGCACAGGGUUGACGGCCUGGUGGCUCCCUGCCCAGGAAGGUCCUACCGGGGACAUCCUGUUGCUCUGUGGUCUGCCAGAAGGGAGCAUUUCCUGCGCGUGGUUCACUUACAGCCAGCUGUCACUCUGCCGCUCCCGUUUGGAACAUCAGUGCUAAGCUCCCUCUUUUGGAAAGAGAGAUGGAGAGGAUGCGACGGGGGCUGGAUUAGCCUUUCUUUCACCCAGUUCCAGGCAUUCCCGAUCUGUUAUGUCAACUUGAGCUUAUAACUGCCUGUAAAGGUUCAGGUUUCCCUCCCAGAGACCGGGCGGAGGCACCCAGCAGCUGGGACGAGGGAGUGGCUCGCGGUUGGAAGACACGGAGCACAAGCUAUCUGCUUAGAAAAAACAAAAAACAAAAAAAAACAAACAAAAAAAUUUAAGCAAAAGGGCGGAAUGCGAAGAAGCUGGGGGAGGGAGGGAGGAGCCUUCUCCCGGUCGCCGCCGCCACUCUCGCCGACGUUUCGGAUCACCUCCCCGGAGACGAGGGGAACGCGGGAACAGCUGGAAGCCCACAGCUGAGGAAGAUGCCUGCCUUCAACAGAUUGCUUCCCCUGGCUUCGCUAGUGCUCAUCUCCUGGGCCAGUGUCUGCUCCCCCGUGUGUGUGGAAGUGCCCUCGGAGACGGAGGCCGUGCAGGGCAACCCCAUGAAGCUGCGCUGCAUCUCCUGCAUGAAGAGGGAGGAGGUGGAGGCCACCACGGUGGUAGAAUGGUUCUACAGGCCCGAGGGCGGUAAAGAUUUCCUUAUCUACGAGUAUCGGAACGGCCACCAGGAGGUGGAGAGCCCCUUCCAGGGGCGCCUGCAGUGGAACGGGAGCAAGGACCUACAGGAUGUGUCCAUCACUGUGCUCAACGUCACUCUGAAUGACUCCGGCCUCUACACCUGCAACGUGUCCCGGGAGUUUGAGUUUGAGGCACAUCGGCCCUUUGUGAAGACGACACGGCUGAUCCCACUCCGGGUCACCGAGGAGGCCGGAGAGGACUUCACCUCCGUGGUCUCAGAAAUCAUGAUGUACAUCCUUCUGGUCUUCCUCACCUUGUGGCUGCUCAUCGAGAUGAUCUAUUGCUACAGAAAGGUCUCCAAGGCGGAAGAGGCGGCCCAAGAAAAUGCGUCUGACUACCUUGCCAUCCCAUCAGAGAACAAGGAGAAUUCUGCGGUACCAGUGGAGGAAUAGAACAGAAGCAGUAUGCCUGGAGGUGACGAAUAGGGACUUGGGAGGGGAAGGUGGAUGUGGAUGGCAGGUUGCACAAGUGGUGUCACCCACAACUGAAGUGACUUUUGAUUUGGUCCCUUAGAUCAAUGUCUACCCCUCCCAGAGUCCCCACCCUCAGGAUACUUAGGAUACUUCUUUAGGCUGAUGCCUGAGUCACAAAACUCUGUAUGAUAUGAAGCCCUUCAGAAGUGAAUUGCCUUGGCCUGAAUGUUGGGGCAACUUGAACUUGCCCACUGUGACAAAGGCAUAAUAAUUCUCCCACUCCCUCCUUUGGCCAAAGAGUCUUGGGCUGGGCCUGGAAAUUCUCAGUGAGUUGUUUUAUCAUUGGUAGGUGGCCUAAACACUGAGGGACCGGCUAUUCCAGGUUCAGUGAUGUCAACAGUGUCAGGAGGGGACCCCACGGGGCCCCAUCUCUUCCCUUCACGCCCAUCCUUCUAUUUGUUCACCCAUACAUCUACCCAUCUCUGAGCUCUCACCUCUGACUGCCUAGCCCCAUCAGACCUCUUCACACUAUAAGACUUUGCCAGAACCAAGCAGCCAACAUUUCUACACGGAUUCAACCUCACUUUGUCCUAGCUCUGUUUGAAAUCUGAAGGCAACUGGAUUGCUCCCCUGUGCUUAAAUGACUUAGUUAUAAGUGCUGGAGGUAGCAUCUCCCUCUGCCCUUCACUGGCUGGGACUGGCUCAUUCUCCACCGCUGCGAGAGAAUGGAUGUCUUGAUAGAAGGAAGCAAACUUAAAGCAGAAUCAUGUCAUGAACUUGGAUUCCAGGAAGUCAGUUUUUCCAAGUUCUCGGCCCACUGGGUCAAAGAAAUCAGAGCAAAGUGUGCGUCUUCUAGGUUCUCCAGUGAUGGAUCCUUGAGCAUGACUGACAUGCUAGAUCCGGAUUGGUCUCCAAGGCCUUGGUUGGACUCAGUCCUCCCAAGAACAAGGACAGAAGACUUGGAAAGGACCAAUGGUAAUUUAAGUGGCUCUUAAAAGUCAUACAUGUCCCGAUCCUGUUGUGAUGAUGUAGGUGUGCCCUCCCUGGGGAGCACACCACCUGGGCACUGGGACUGAAAUUCUGAAGUUCUUCCUCUCAAAAUCUCUGUGGAUCAGUAUUAUUCUUCAUUUUGCAAGAGACUCGAACAGGACUCAACUGAAUAGGAGGCUCAACUGCAUCUGAGAAUGCUAAUUAGACUAAGAAAAAUGCUUUUUGGUCUGAGAUGGAUGAUGAAUAAAUGAGCAAAGUGAUAGGGGAAGGAUGGGUAGGUGGCUUCCUAAUACUUCACCUAGGAGAAGAUGCAAUGUUCAGAGUCCCUCCCCCAACCCACCCCAGAUUUUGAGAGAGCAGAGAAAAUGGGAAAAUUUUUAGUCAUUAUCUCAUGUUUCAUUUUAAUUGAGUGACUGGUCUAAGUGUGAUAAGAGGGGGAAAGAUGCCUUAUGGGAUAUAAGAAGAGGGGGACUGGGAUUCAAUAAGAGAUGCCCCUGAGAUCUGGGGAGAUUUGCAAGAAAAGAACAUAUUUCAUUGGUUUUGGGCUUCACCUGACAAGCUCAGUUUUUCAUCUCUUCUUUCCCUAGGAAGUAUCUGAAAUGAGACCCCUUAACACAUUGUAAAGAAUCAAAUGUUCUUGAAGAAAAUAUUUGCAAUAAAUUCAAGAGUCUUCUUAUUGGUAAUUUCCCACACAAUCCCUCUGAAA